AUACGUUCCGCCCUGUUUCUCCCAGGUUGACGCUCUGCAACGCAGCGCUUACAGGUUGUUGUGAAAUCUUUGGUGUAGCAAACCAGUAUCCGUUUUCACUGGUCCUUUCAAUGAUUCGAGUCUCUGGACUGUAACUAACCAUGGAAUAAUGGAACUGUGUAUUUACUCACAGAAGUGGACCCAACGAUCGCCCCUCAUUCAUGCGCAAAAGGCAAAGUGGAGCUACUGAUACAGGAAUGGCAAAGUUGGAACGAUAAUUAGGCUACCUCUUUUGAUCAGAAAGCUAAUUUGUUUAACAACUAGCUGUUUCAUAGUAAACAAGAAAAACAUUAGCAUAUUUAAUUCUCUAAUCAUUUUUAAAACUCAUCAACCGUGAAUUAUGCCGGACAUAAUUACAGUCACGGAAUUUGUAAAAGAGACAAAUGAGGACUACAAAGCGCCCACAACCUCAAACUUCACCACACGGAUGUCCCAUUGUCGAAACGCCGUGGCAGCACUGGAAGAGACUCUGGAUCUAGACAGAGGGGUCCUGCACAAGAUCAAGAAGUCUGUCAAGGCCAUAAACAACUCUGGCUUAGACACCUGUCUCAGCAGGCUUGGGGAGGAGCAGAGGGGGACUCUGGACUCCCUCUCUGUUGAUACGGUAAGCUCUUCUGUGUUGGUGUUGCAUCAUACCAGACAUCUGACUUUCUGUCACACUUUGAAUCCAUGGCACAUAAUUUUCCAUGUUGACAAUGAGGAGCAGUACAUCCAGUCCGUGGAGAAGUUUGGGGACAACUCAUUCGGCAGGGACGACAAUGAGGUGGGCUCUGCCUUCCUGAAGUUUGCAGUCCUCACCAGAGAGCUCACAGCUCUCUUCAAGAACCUGCUGCAGAACAUGAACAACAUCAUCACCUUCCCAUUAGACACGCUGCUAAAGGGAGAUCUGAAAGGUGUGAAAGGGGACCUGAAAAAGCCUUUCGAUAAAGCCUGGAAGGAUUACGAAACAAAAGUGACUAAGAUAGAGAAGGAGAAGAAGGAGCAUGCUCGGCAGCAUGGGAUGAUCCGGACGGAGUUCCGGGGAGGGGAGAUCGCCGAGGAGAUGGAGAAGGAGAGGCAGAUGUUCCAGCUGCAGAUGUGUGAGUACCUUCUGAAAGUGAAUGAAAUCAAAGUCAAGAAGGGAGUGGACUUUCUCCAGAACCUCGUCAAAUACUUCCACGCCCAAUGCAACUACUUCCAGGAUGGGCUGAAGGCAGUGGAGAGUAUGAAACCAUCCAUAGAGAAACUGGCAACAGACUUGACCUCAAUCAAACAGACCAGCGAUGGAGAGAGAAAACAGCUGACUCAGCUGAGGGAUACUCUCAAGUCCUCCCUUCAGGCAGAGCAGAAGGAGGACUCCCAGGCUAAACAGAAUGCAGGAUACAGUCUGCACCAACUCCAGGGCAACAAAGCCUACGGCACAGAGUACGAUGGCAUGCUGUACAAGAAAAGCGAGGGCCUGAGGAAAGUGUGGCAGAAAAGGAGGUGUUCUGUAAAAAACGGCUUCCUCACCAUCUCCCAUGGAACGGCCAAUGCACCCCCAGCUAAACUCAACCUUCUGACCUGUCAAGUCAAGUGUAACCCGGACGAGAAGAAGAGCUUCGACCUUUUCUCCCAUGACAGAACCUAUCACUUCCAGGCUGAGGACGAGGCAGAUUGCCAGAUAUGGAUCUCAGUCCUCCAGAACAGCAAGGAGUUGGCUCUGAACAAUGCCUUCCAGGGAGAACAGAACGAUGGGGAGAACAACAUCGUCCAGGAGCUGACCAAGGCCAUCGUGGGAGAAGUGAAAAGGAUGAGCGGCAACGACAUCUGCUGUGACUGCGGAGCGCCCGGGCCCACUUGGUUGUCCACUAACCUGGGUGUGCUCAUCUGCAUUGAGUGUUCUGGGAUCCACAGGGAGAUGGGCGUCCAUUACUCCAGGAUCCAGUCUCUCACUCUGGAUGUCCUGGGAACCUCAGAGCUCCUGCUAGCUAAGAAUAUUGGAAACUCCAGCUUCAAUGAGAUCAUGGAGGCAGACCUGUCUUCUCAGGGAGUGACUAAGCCCAACCCCUCCAGCGACAUGCAGACUCGGAAGGAUUACAUCACAGCCAAGUACACGGAGAAGCGCUUUGCACACAAGAGGCAUGUGGACCUGCGUGUCCUGUACGAGGCGGUGAGGACUCGCGACAUCAUGUCCCUCCUCCAGGUCUACGCUGAAGGAGUGGACCUGAUGGAUACCAUCCCCAUGGCCAAUGAACAUGAACCCGGAGAGACAGCAUUGCACCUCGCAGUCCGAAUGGUGGACCGGACCUCCCUCCAUAUUGUCGACUUCCUGGCCCAAAACAGUGGCAGUCUGGAGAAACAGACAGCCAAAGGGAGCACAGCUCUUCAUUACUGCAGUCUGACGGACAACAGUGAGUGUCUCAAGCUGCUGUUGAGGGGUCGGGCCUCCGUCAGCAUCGCCAAUGAGGCGGGAGAAACGCCACUGGAUAUCGCCAAGCGCCUCCGUCACAAGCAGUGUGAGGAGCUGCUGAACCAGGCACAGGCUGGGAAGUUUAACGUCCAUGUGCAUGUGGAGUACGAGUGGCGUCUCCGCAACGAUGACCUCGACGAGAGCGACGAUGAGAUGGAAGACAAGCCCAUCCCCUACAAGCGAGAAGAGCGCCCAGUCAGCUGCUUCGUGCCAGUCACGGGUCAAAUGCAGCCCAACCUGGCUUCCAUCGCCCGGGACGCCGCCUCCCUGGCCAGGGACAAGCAGAAGGCCCAAGCAUCCAGCCUGAUCAGCAACGAGACCUACGGCACCGUCAUGGAGUUCAGCCCCCCUCCACAAGGGGUGACCGGGGGCAUGGCGGUGCCAGGGGCAACCCUCCCAUCUCUGCCCCCACUGCCAUGCCUGCCUCCCCUACCAUCCCUGCCUCCUCUACCAUCCCUGCCUCCCGCACCAUCCCUGCCUCCCAGAAAUAUAGGAAAAGCUUCUGUGUUCAAGCCUGGCCCGAUGGAGGUGGUGGACAGACAGCGGUCAUCCUCUGACCCUCCGAACCCCCUGUCUCCAGAGACUGACAGCUCCUUGUAUGUGCUUCCCCCAGCCGCCCCCCCUCCCCCAGCCAACAGGAGGAUCAGUAUGAUGGAAUUCAAGGCCAAGAACUUACCUCUACCCCCUCUACCCCUACCUCCAACACAGCCUGGGCCGGCUGCACCCACCUUGGUUCCUACGGCCCCCCCUGCACCCCUGUCUAAACCCACAAUGCCACCCCCCGUCCCUGCACACAACCCCAAUAGACCCAAAGGACCAAAAGGACCCAAAGGACCCAAAUCGCCUACAUCACCGACAGGGCCAAAUAAAAACCACCCUCAAAGGCCACCACUUCGGACUGGAUCUGUAGAUAGACCAGCCAAGACUUUGCCACCGACUGGAUCUGCCCAGAGCCCUGGCUGUGCCCCUGCUCCAAGGCCCCGCACUAACCACCCUAAACAUGGACCCAAGAGGGUGAAGGCCAUCUACAACUGCUCAGCAGACAACCCAGACGAGCUGACCUUCAAAGAGGGGGAGGUGAUCGUGGUGGAUGGGGAGGAGGACCAGGAGUGGUGGGUGGGACACAUUGAGGCAGAGCCCACUAGAAAAGGAGUGUUUCCUGUGACGUUUGUACAUGUCUUCACAGAUUGAUUCAUCAAAAAGUGAAACCAAAGUUGCCAUCUUUUGGCCCGAAUUUCACAUUUGUUCAUGACACUGGACUGUAAUGUACUGGACUGUGCUGCAUAUCCUGUUAGUGUGCCUGAAACUGAAUGUGAGAUGGAAAAUGAGUAGUAUGUGAUAUGCAACCAUUCCUUGUCAGAUAAGAUGUCAAGUUGACCAGCCAACCCAAAUGUCAGAGACAAGAGUUGAACAUUGUGUGCAGUUUAACAAUCCUGAUUUAUCAAACAGGAGUUAUAUUUGAGAAGUAUUGAUGAUGUGUCAGCCAAAUACUAGAAAAACACACCCUUACUUUUCUUCUUUGUGUUACUAAAUGAACAGAGAGGAAUGUGUGUGAAAUUAAACAGUGCCUUAGUUGUGAA